UGGGCGUAGCAGGAGGACUUGCCGGGUGGCUUCUCCAGCAUCCUGCAGCGCCCAGCACACAUCCCGCACCUUGGCAGCCCAGCUCUGUACCUCUAGCUGACAGAAGCAUCGCUGGGAACGCCCGCCAGUCCAUCCCUGGAAAUGAUCCCCUACCAGCUGCAGUGUAGCUCACUGGUGCCCAGGCAGAAGGAGGACACGAGGAAUGGCAGGACCGCCCCCGAGCAGGACAGAGGCUGUGUUACCACAAGGCAUAGCCAAGGGCUGAAAACAGAGCCCUGUUUCCAGAGGGACUCUCUGUUGUCUUCCCCUAGCUCAUCCCUCAUGUCACAGCUGCUCAGCCACACAGCAGUUAGCAGGAGCCUGGAUCCCUGCACCCUUUUCCCUUCCUCUGCAAUGGAGCUGUCCCAGGGCUAUGAACUUGGUGUGCCUCUCAGAGAAGCAGCACAAGCCCUGGCUGCCACCAGAACCUGUGGCCCUGCUCCUGUGCCCUGUGCAGCUGAUGGGGAGCAGCUCUCUGAUGACUACCUACAAGCCAAGAGGGCUAGGGUGGAGAGCAUCAUACAAGGCAUGAGUCUCCCUCCAGCUCACCAUGCCUCAUUCAUGGGCAUGGAGAGAGGUUUGGGGCAGGGCAGGGAGAGGGGCGGGGAAGUGCCCCAUAGGGGCAAGAGGAAGCCGAGGGUGCCCCAGCAGCAGGGUGCGGAGGUGGCUGGGCAAGGGGCACCGGCCAUGGGCAGCCCCCACACAGCUGAGUGCCAGCAGCUGAGGGAGCAGCUCUGCUUUCUAGAGCAGCAGCUGAGGCACCUUCAGGAGAGGUUCUCCCAGGUCUGUGCCUCUGGGGAUGCUGCCCAAAGCCAGGAAAGUGCCAAGAAACUGCAGCUGCUUCCUGGGAAAGAUGGAGACAGAGUGGGCAGCGAUGGUGUUGCCACCACCCACCAUCCACAUACUGCCAUUAUCUGUGAGAGCAUCCUGGAGGUGGAUGGGCCCAGUGCUGGCGAGCAUGAAGAAGGCAGGGGCAGUGCAGGUGCCCUGCCCUCAGUGGCCAGAGUGCUCUCUCAGGCCCUGAAGCACGAGCUGGCUGGGGUGACAUCCCGCGUGGUGGACUCCGUCUUGAAGACUGUGUGGCCAAAGGCAGCCAGCCAUCUCCUACAGCAGCAGCUAGAGCUAGGGCUGGAUGACAGGGGAGAGUGUUUUCCUGCUGGGAAAGGCAGAAAACCACUUGCUAAGGCACCCUCUCCGAGCACCCUGGGCUCACCUCGUCCAGAGGCACCAUCACUAUCAUUGGGAAAGAGCCCUCAGGUCAGAUCCUUCAGCCCAGAUGGGGUCAGAAAUCCCCAUCAGGCACCCAGUGUGGGUCACAGGCCAGGCUCAGCUGGUCCAGCAGUGCAGGACAGUCAACUGCUGGGCCAGCUGCUGGUCUACACUCCACACAACCACUGGGGCAGACCUACUGCCUCAGAGAGGUGGCCCCUGGAGCCCCCAGAUACACGCUGGGCAGUCACCAAGCUGCGGCCAUUGACAGUGAGGCCCCUGGGCCCUAGAAUGGUGGAGGGGAACAGAACAUCCCUCACCCCUACCUACGAGGCGCUGACCCCUGGCCACCUGAAGAAGGCCAAGCUGAUGUUCUUCUUCACCCGCUACCCCAGCUCGGCUCUGCUGAGGUCCUACUUCCUCGAUGUGCAGUUCAGCCGCUGCAUCAACUCCCAGCUCAUCAAAUGGUUCAGCAACUUCCGUGAGUUCUACUACAUCCAGGUGGAGAAGUUUGCCCGGCAGGCCCUGCUGGAGGGUGUUGCUGAGGCCACGGCCCUGCGUGUCUCACGGGACUCGGAGCUCUUUCGUGCCCUCAACAUGCACUAUAACAAGGGGAAUGACUUCCAGGUGCCCAGCCGCUUCCUGGAGGUGGCCAGCUUGACACUGCAGGAGUUCUUCAGUGCCGUGAGGGCAGGCAGGGAUGCUGACCCCUCCUGGAAGAAACCUAUUUACAAAAUCAUCUCCAAACUGGACAGCCACAUCCCCGAAGUGUUCAAAGCUGCAGGCGGUUCCCAGGAGCUGCCCCACAACUGAUCUGCCAGGCAAAGGGCCCCAGAAGGUUUUGGGUAACUGCUGGAGGGGAAGAGGAGGCGGGGAGAGGGGAAGGCUGGCUGUGCUGGACAAAUCCUGGACUUACAGCAUCUAUUGUUUUGUUUUAUUUCUGUCCUAUGAGACAGCCUCCUUGGGUGAAGUCUGCAGUUCGCCCCAGGCAUCAGGAUGUUGUGCUAUACAUUUCAUUUGGCUGCUCACAGGCAGCGGUGGAGAACCACAGAGGGAACACAGAGAGGAAGCCAAAUGCCUGGAGCCUGGAAAUGGCUGCUCUCCUCCUGGUCCUGCUCCAGCUUUCCCCAGGAUCUGAGCCGAGCCACCUUUCUCCUCAUUUCCACAGGGCCACAGAUCAGGGCAAGCGGCCCUUUUUGUUUACAGAGCGGGCAGAGCUCCCAGCAGUGGGCAUCGUUUCCUUGGCACGGCUGCCCAAGGCAUUGUGCCUGCUCCAGCAGCACUCCUCAGGCCCUGCCCAGAAACAACACAACAGCAUCCAAAGCAAACAUCUGGUGAAUUCCAGCAUUUCAAACGGCCCAUGGGGAUGGCUGGCCCUGUCCGGGAGACAGGAAACUGUGCCAGCCAGCACAAACAGCCCCUUCCCUGCCUCACCAGUGUCCUGCAGAGGAGCUGAAGAUGGACAACAUGACUUGUAGUGGAGGGGGCCAGGCAGUGUUGGAAGCUGCAGGGUGUCUGCUGGGUGCUGGAGCACAGCAAAAUGCACGGAGAGGAAAAUCAAUGCUGCACAAGCUGGAUGGCAGCAUCUCAUGGCUGAGCAGAGCAGUGUGGGUGGGCUCCACUGGGGCUGUGUUACAGCGGCCCUUGCCACUAUGAGUGGGGUUAGCCACGUUCCCUGUCUGGAUUUGUAUGUUAAUUGCUUGACGUCUGUAUGUUGUGCAACCCCAACUCCAAAUUUAC